AUGCAGAACGCCUCGUCACGCCCUCCUCCUCGCCCCGCCCCAACUCAUCGCCCUCCGAACUUGCACCCGACUUCCGCCUUCGCACCGCCUCCCGGAGCCUUCGCGUCGGCUCACAAGUCGUCUUCGAGCAUCUACGACAACGACGAGGAGCUGGAGGAGUACCUUGCGACGUUGGGCGAGGCGGACGCGGAGAGCGAGUGGAUGGGCGGGACGGGCUUCGAGGGAGAACAGCCGGAGGGGUUCGCCCAUCCUUUCGCCCCCUUUUCGACGUCCUCCUCGCCGACCCCUCGCUUCAACGAUAACAUCGCUCACAAUGCCUCGCUCCGCUUCGCAAAUGACUACGAAGGAGGCCACGAGCAGGCUCCGACGACGAACUACUAUGCCCAGCCAGUCGCGCCGGCCGCAACGCCGCCUCACGCAGGUCGACCUUCUCAAGCACCCCGCCGUUCGUUCGCUGCCGGGCCUCAGCAAGCUUCCUCAAGCCACAGCGUCAUCAAACCCAUGCCUAUACGUCGUGUCGCCCCGCUCGCGCAGCCAGCCACGAAGUCAACCGCUCCCUCUCGCUUCGCUCCGCCCCCGCGCCUUCAAGGCUUCGACCAACCGACCACGAGCUACGCCAGUAUGGGCGGCGGGUACAAGCAGCCGAGGCAGUUUGAGCAAGGCUCCUCGCAUGAACUCUUCAGGCAGGAGGACGGCGAGGAGGAGUACUGGGAGGACGAACCGGGAUGGGGCGCGAACGGAUCGUCGAACCAGCAAGGCGGGCGCGGCGGAACCAGCUGGGAAGAUGCUCUGAUGGCACACAACGGCCCACAGCCACCUGCCGCCCCUCAGUCUGGCAGCUUCGCGUCCACCUCUCGCGACCCCAGCAAGGCGCAGGAGAACUUGCAGUAUCUCGAAGACGUCGAAGCCGCCCUCGGUGGCCCGUCGAAGCCGAAAGCUGCCGGCGGAACGGUUCGCGCACAGAAGAAGGGCAUCAAGCUGCGCCCCGUCAGCGAACUGCCCGACAUCUUCCGCUCGCUCUGGCGGUUCGGCGUUUUCAACGCUGUCCAGUCUCUCUCCUUCGACACGGUCUACCACAGCGACGAGAACGUGGUGAUCUCGGCGCCGACUGGUUCGGGAAAGACGGUGCUCUUCGAGCUUGCUGUCAUUCGCCUCUUCACGCAGUCGGACGUCUCGGACGCCAAGGUCCUCUACAUGGCCCCGACUAAGUCGUUGUGCUCCGAGCGCGUCGCGGACUGGAAGAAGAAGUUCGAGCAGACUUUCGGCUGGGUCGUGCAGGAGUUGACGGGCGAUACCGAUGCUGUUGCCGGCGCCUGGCGCGAGGUCGCGAACGCCAGCAUCAUCGUCACGACGCCCGAGAAGUGGGACGCCAUGACAAGGAAAUGGCACGACCACGGCACUACGCUCGGUCAGCUGAGGCUUUUCUGCAUCGACGAGGUCCAUUGCGUCGGUACCGAUGUGCGCGGCGCCGUUCUCGAAGUCGUCGUUAGCCGCAUGAAGACGCUCGGCACCGAUACUCGCUUCGUCGCCGUCUCCGCGACUGUGCCGAACAUCGACGACAUUGCUGACUGGCUUGGUGCCGGCGCGCACGAGGAGGGCCACAAGCCGGCAAAGGCGUUCACAUUUGGCGAUGACUUCCGGCCCUGCAAGCUUCAGAAGAUCGUCGUCGGAUACCCCAAAGGCGGCAACGACUUUGCGUUUGCGAACGGGCUCAACUUCAAGCUCUUCGACCUCAUCAAGCAGUACGCUUCUGGCAAGCCCGUCCUCGUCUUCUGCAAUACGCGCAAAGGAUGCACGCAAGCCGCCGAGGCGCUCGCAAAGGCCUACAAGGACUCGCUCUCGUCUUCCACCGGUCGUGCAUCUCUCGCUUGGCCGAAACCGUCACGCAACGACUUUAGGACGACCGACAAGAAUCUCGCCAGCUUGCUCGAGAACGGCUUGGCGGUCCACCAUGCCGGGAUGGACGCCAAUGACCGUCGACUUGUCGAGCGCGCCUUCAUCGAGGGAACUGUCAGCGUCGUCUGCUCGACAUCGACGCUCGCGGUCGGCGUCAAUCUGCCCGCAAGGAUGGUCAUCAUCAAGGGCACGAAGGCGUUCAUCGACGGGCAGCUCAAGGACUACUCGGACCUGGAGAUACUGCAGAUGAUCGGUCGCGCUGGCAGGCCUCAGUUCGACACGCUUGGCGUCGCCUGCAUCAUGACCGACAAGGCAUCCGAGUCGCGAUACGCCAAUCUUGUCAACGCGCAGGUCAGUCUCGUUUCUGGAGCGGCUCCUAAAGCUUCGGUUGACCUCUUCGGCUUUAUGCAGAGUCUCCUUGAGAGCGGCGACAUCCCGUCGGCCCUCCGCUGGCUCAGGUCGACCUUCCUCUUCGUCCGCAUCACGAAGAACCCGGCGUUCUACGCGAUCCCCGGUAUCAAGUCGACGCCCGAAGCGCGCCUCGAAGAGCUGUGUCUCGAAGCCAUCAAGGAGCUCGUCGGCAGCGGUGUUGUCGAUGAGGACGGAGACAAGCUGGCUGCGAAUCUAAAGUCCUGGAUUCAACUCACGUCCCGCCGCCCGCAGAUCAUGGCCAAGUUCUACAUCUCGCACAAAACGUUUCUCGCCAUCAAGGAGCUUCCCGUCGGCGCAAACAUGCGCACUCUGCUCGAGACGCUCUGCUCCUCGGCCGAACUCGGCUCGUUUCGCUUUAGGCAAGGCGAAAAGAGCGUGCGUCCGUCCGGCUCCUCACUUCGUCGAACGUGGUCUGACGAUCCUUGCUCCCUUAAGGUUCUUGCGAAGUACAACAAGGUCAUGAUCCUCAUACAGCUCGUUCUCGAGGGCAUCCCUGGCACUGAGCUGCGCAACGAGAAUAUCAACCCUAUGCUGGACGCUCGCGGCAUCUUUGCUGCCGCCGUGCGUGUCGCAAAAUGCAUGGUCGACGUCGCAGUCGAGCGCGAGGACGGCUCCAUCAGGACGAUGCUGGAACUGCUCCGCUCUCUCAACGGCAAGUGCUGGGACGCCUCGUCCUUCGUCCUCCGCCAACUCGAAGGAAUCGGCGAGAAGAGCUACAAGGUUCUCGUCUCAAGCGGGAUAAAGAGCUUCGAGGACGUCCGCGAGUGCGAGCCAGAGCGUUUGGAGAUCCUCCUCAGCAGGAAACCGCCAUUCGGCCGCAAGCUCAUCGCGCAAGCCAAGUCGAUCCCGCAGUUCGAAAUCUCCGUCGUCUCACAGCACGAGCAAGUGCUCGAGGGUCAAGGAGUUCAGCUUGAGGCGACGAUCGACCUGCGCCUCAAGCAGACCAAGCCUUUGCCCGCGACGAAGAAGGGCCCGAUGAAGUUGUGGGCGACCGUCGCAUCCUCCACUUCCGACGGAGCAUUCGUCGACUUCCGUCGCACCCGCAUCGACCAGCUCUUGGCGCAGCCGAAGCAGUUCGACCUCGCGGUUGUGCUCGUCAAGCCCUCGCAGCGGAUCAUUAUCUCGGUUUCGUGCGAGUUGCUGGCCGGAUCCGAGGUGAAGCUCGUCGUCAAGCCCGAGAGCAAGGCUUCCGACUUCCCGAUCCCGAGCCUCGGACCGUCGGAAGAUUCGGACGUGGAGGAAUCGACGGUGUCGAUGCUCCCUACAAGCACGAAGCGCCCGAGCGAGAAAGCAAACCCGCAGGCUAUGCCAGAGUCGGUGCCACACGCCAAGAAGGCUGCAGGACCGAUCAAGCCAGCCGCAACUGCCGCAGCGACGCCGCCUGUGCCUCGUCAACGCCCCGAUGGCCGGUACGAAUGCAACCACAGCUGUGCGAAUAAGACGGCAUGCAAGCAUCUCUGCUGCCGCGAAGGGCUCGACAAGCCGCCGGUCAAGCGCACCAAGAGCAAGACCCGUCCAGCUGCGGCCAACAAGGGCUCAGUUGGAGAUACCACCAGCGCUUCGAAGCAGCCGUCCGCUCUCUCGAACGCGAAGCAACAGCCGCUCCGCCUCCAGCCAGCGCCGUCGUCGCGGAUCAUCCUCAACAAGACCGCUGGCGGUCAUUUCACCACCGCGCAGGACAACGAGGACGACGAAGAUAUGCUGGACAUCGAAGCUCUCCCUCCGCUCGACAAGCGCUCAAAAACGAGGGCUGCGGCCCGCACCGACUCGUAUGCGGCUCCUGCCAGCGAGGAGACGGACCAGCUCGACUCGACGCCCUCUCCGCCACGUCGUCCGCCUAUCGAAUCGACCGAGCCUCGUCCGCUCAAGGUCAAGCGCUCUCUCCUGCCGACCGAUCGCACAGCCGAGGAGGCUCGCAAGCGUCGUCGGCUCUCGUUGCGGGAGUUUGCGUCCAGCUCGCCAAUCGACCUCUCGAACACGCCCGCAGUCGCGCCGAGGUCUCGUCAGGCGUCGAUGGAGAGGACUGCGGAGUCACUGUUCCGCCGCGACUCGCCUGGCUCGUCGAAGGCGACUGCAGCGGUCCGCGGCCGAGACGAACCGGCUUUCGACUUCCCCUUCUCCGACGACGAGCCCGCUUUCGACGAUUCCGUUGCCUCCGCCGGCGAUAACAACGCUGAACGCGCAGACGUCGAGCCGGGCCCGACGGAGACGACGCUCGAGGAGAGCCACGAGGAAGCGGGCGAGGGAACCGGCGGGGACGAGGACGAUUUUGACGCCUGGCUCGCCAAGAGCGUCGUCGUCAUGUAA